AUUCCGCGUAGUUGUACAACGCGGCGCGGAUUUUGUAAACAAAGCUAAGUAAACGGCCAUAACUAGAAGGAAGGUUGAAUUAAAGUAUGUAAACGGCCAUUUUAGAUGCAUAAAAGUUAUAAUUCUUGAUGUAAUUAAUCUGGAGCACGUUCUGCUAAAAGGUUAGUAGUGUUUGUUUUUUUUUAAUAGAAGCGAGGAACCCUUUAGCUAGCUGGCUUCUGGAGCUAACAUGCUAACAGACUCGGCGACAGCAGCUGCCUGGACGAGCCGCUGGGCAUGUUAGUGCACCUAAGAUCGCUUCGAUCGGGACUACAUCACCUGCGGGUCCAGCAGAAGGCUUUCUGUGCGGUCCCCAGCGCCCAGUGUCCGGACGCAGAUAUGAUCCGGAACCGGGCUCAGAUCAGACGGGUCCUCUGCGUGGCCGAGAAGAACGAUGCAGCCAAAGGCAUUUCAGAGAUUAUGUCCAACAGCAGGUUCCGUAGGAAAGAAGGGCUGUCAAAGUUUAACAAAAUCUAUGAGUAUGAAUAUCAUCUGUUUGGUCAGAAUGUGACCAUAACAAUGACAUCAGUUUCAGGACAUCUACUGGGCCUGGAGUUUAAAGCACCAUUUCAGAAAUGGCACAGUUGCAAUCCUGUGCUGUUGUUUGAUACUGCGGUAGAGAAGUACUGUUCUGAUAACAUGGUACAAAUCAAGCGGACAUUAGAGAGAGAGGUGAGGCAAUGCCAAGCCUUAAUCAUCUGGACUGAUUGUGACAGAGAAGGAGAAAAUAUUGGCUUUGAAAUCAUAAAUGUCUGCAAAGCAGUGAAGCCAAAUAUACAAGUGUUUCGGGCAAAGUUUUCUGAGAUCACCCCAAACUCUGUUCGAAGAGCUUGUGAGACUCUUACACAACCAAAUGUAAACAUUAGUGAUGCAGUUGAUGUACGUCAGGAGCUGGACCUGAGGAUAGGUGCAUCAUUUACUCGAUUCCAGACUCUUCGCCUUCAAAAGAUUUUCCCAGAGUCUUUGACCAAUCAGCUGAUUUCGUACGGCAGCUGUCAGUUUCCCACUCUUGGUUUUGUAGUGGAGAGAUUCAAAGCCAUCCAAGCAUUCAUACCAGAGACUUUCUACAAGAUUAAAGUGCUCCACCAAGUUGAGGAGGACAUGGUUGAAUUCAGCUGGAAAAGAAACCGUCUCUUCAACCACACAGCUUGUUUAGUACUCUACCAGAUCUGCAUGGAGGAUCCGAUAGCAACAGUCACCUCGGUAACCAGCAAACCCAAGAGCAAAUGGAGACCGCUACCUUUGGACACUGUGGAAAUGGAGAAACUGGCAUCUCGAAAGCUGAGAAUAAAUGCCAAAGAGACCAUGAAAAUUGCAGAAAAACUGUAUACUCAAGGGUACAUAAGCUACCCCCGUACUGAGACAAACAUUUUCCCCAAUGACCUGGCUCUUGCUCCCCUGGUGGAGCAGCAGGCACAAAGCCCAGUUUUUGGGACUUUUGCCCAGCGGGUUCUUGAUCAGCCAGGGGGCCCCAAUCCACGGCAGGGCAAGAACUCUGAUGGAGCCCAUCCCCCCAUCCACCCCACAAAGUAUAGCAACACCCUGCAGGGCAACGAGGGUCGUCUGUAUGAGUUUAUUGUCCGGCACUUUCUGGCUUGUGUAUCCCAAGAUGCUUUGGGGCAAGAGACAGUAGUGGACAUUGACAUUGCCCAGGAAAGGUUUUCUGCUUCUGGUCUCAUGAUCAUUGCAAGAAACUACCUCGACAUUUACCCGUAUGACAGAUGGAAUGCGAAGGUGAUUCCAGUAUAUGAACAAGGCUCCCAGUUUCAGCCCACUGCUAUCGAGAUGAUGGACGGACAGACUAGUCCUCCUCAGCUUCUCACUGAAGCUGACCUCAUAUCGCUGAUGGAGAAGCACGGCAUCGGCACAGAUGCAACCCAUGCAGAACACAUUGAGACUAUUAAGAGUCGCAUGUAUGUGGGCUUAACGGCUGACCAGAGAUUUCUCCCUGGAGAACUUGGCAUGGGUCUGGUGGAGGGUUACAAUGCUAUGGGCUAUGAGAUGUCAAAGCCAAACCUGCGUGCAGAAUUGGAGGCGGAUCUUAAGUUGGUUUCUGAGGGAAGAAAGGACAAGCAUAGCGUGCUGCAACAUCACAUCCAGAAAUACAAAGCUGUCUUCAUAGAGUCUGUCAGGAAGGCCAAGCAGUUAGACGAAGCUCUGUCACCAUACCUGGGUGCAGCUCAGGAGUUAAAUGAAGCAGAGCAACAGGACAUGGAGAUCCCACUCCCGGUCAGGAAGUGUCCUCAGUGCGGGCAGGACAUGGUGCUCAAGAAGAGGAGAGAAGGAAAUAGUAAGUUCCUGUCCUGUGUGGGCUUCCCGGCCUGUAAAACAGCAGUGUGGUUCCCUGACUUUGUGCUGGACGUCAGCAGAAAUGAAGAUGUUUGUCCAACCUGUCAGCCACAUCCUGUUCAUAUGUUAAAUUUCAAGUUUCGCAGGGGCAGCGUCCCUCCCAUGAUGCCACUGGAGUUUGUUGGCUGCAUUGGUGGUUGUGAUGAGACGCUGCGAGAGGUGCUAGACCUGAAAUAUCUCCAAACAGGGGGAGGGAGUGGUGUGGGGGGAGGAGAAGGAUCAGGAAGUGGAGGCAGAAGAGGAGGAGAGGACCCUCGUCCACCAACUCCCAGACUUCCAUACAGUGCGCCUCCCAGAGCUCCCGAUUCAAAUCCUCGAGCUUCAGUUCCUCUUGCUGCCCCCUCUUGGAGGCCUCCAGUCGAAAGUGGUGGGGUUGGUGGUGGCACCAGUGGUGAUGUCAUUGUGUGCAACUGUGGUCAGGACGCCCUCCUGUUGACUGUUCGCAAAGAUGGUCCCAACCAGGGGCGCCAGUUUUUCAAGUGUCAGACUGGGAGCUGUAACUUCUUCCUCUGGGGAGAUCAGCCAAGCCAGCAGGGGGCUCUCCAGUGUCAAUUCCCUGAACCACCAGCACUGAGAAACCAUCAGACAGCCAGACCUCCUCUGGGCUUCAGGACCUCCACAGGUGUGGGCAGAGGCCAAGAAGGAGGUUCAGGCGGACAAAUAAUGUGUAAUUGUAAUGAAACAGCUGUGACUCGCACAGUGCAGAAGGACGGACCCAACAAGGGUCGCAUUUUCCACACCUGUGGGAAACCAAGAGAUCAGCAGUGUGGCUUCUUCCAGUGGGCCGAUGAGAAUGUUCCUCCUGGUGGGCUUGGCGCUGGGUCAGCUGACUUUAACGGUGGUGGAGACCGAGGGAAGAAGGGAAGGAAGCUAACGGGAGACGCCACUUUUAACAAACCCCCGACUGCCAAGAAGCCACGUAGCUGCAGCAUCUGCCACAUGCCAGGUCACACCCGAGUCACCUGUCCCCAGCGGUGACCGCCGCCUGUGCUUAAAGACGCCAAACAUGACUGCUUUCAAACUCUGACAUCUUAGCAAGUUAUCAUUAAAUUAUUCUUCUGCUGUGCCUUUUGCAAGGAAGACGGGAUUCAAUCGAUCUGCUCGUCCACAUCCUGCAGAUUAAAAGACUAAAGGCUGAACUCUUUACUGUCACACGACCACACGAGAUGCAGCGAAGAAAUGAAGCUGAUUUGUGUCUGCAGUAUUCUUCAGGUGUGAAACAUUUAAUGGGAAAGUAUCUCCGCUGACCUUGGAUCAAACCAAUGCCUUGCUUGUUGUUUGAUUCUAUUCACAAUCCCGAGAGCUCAGCUGAGCGCCUUUAGAGGAAGACAGAGUUCUAACACAAGCAGUUCUAGUAGAACUAAUAGAGACAUUUUAAAGAGAACUUACAUUUAAUGCCGUAAAUGAUGGUUAAUAUGUUUUAUUGUUUGUUUUAGUCCAGCAUUUUACAAUUGGUGAUUUAUCAGGACUGUUUAAGUCUUUGUUGCUGUUGAAAGAAACUAAAAUACAUUUUGUACUGUAUAUAAUGCUUGUGUUCUUCCUUAGAGGUGUGAACAAUUGUCAAUACCACAUAUAUCUAUAUUGUUGUUAUUAAAUGCUAAUAAAUAUCAAAAUAACUGGC